CAAAAAAAACAAAAAACGAAGGAAGCUUUUGUUUGCCACCAAAUCCACCGCCGCCGCCACCAACUUGAUCUCUUUUUGGCUCCUUACAAAGCCCAAUACAGCGCAGGAGACGAGACGGAAGGAAAAAUAACGAGGAGAGAUGAUUCCGCUUCGGCUUCCCAUCCUUGUAGCAGCUACUGCUUUGCUCUCUCUUCAUCUAUUUUCUCUAGUUUCUUCUCUAAACCAGGAAGGUCUCUAUCUUCUCGAAGCCAGGCGCGGCCUUUCCGACCCCGACAACGCUCUUGCCAACUGGAAUUCCCGCAACUCCACUCCCUGUAACUGGACGGGAAUCCUCUGUUCAUCUUCUUCAGUCACCUCUGUCAACCUCGCGAACUUCAACCUCGCCGGCCCUUUCCCUUCUUCUCUCUGCCGGCUCCCCAAUCUCUCUUUCCUUUCCCUUUCGUUAAACUACAUCAACUCCUCUCUGUCCUCCUCUCUCCUCUCCUGUACUUCUCUAACACACCUCGACCUCUCCCAAAACCUCCUCGUCGGACUCCUUCCAUCUUCAUUGCCUUCCCUUCCCUUGCUUGGAUUCCUCGACCUUUCGGGUAACAACUUCUCCGGCGCCAUUCCUUCUUCAUUCGCUCUCUUUCCAUCCCUUCAAGUUCUCUCCUUGACUGGUAAUCUCCUCAAUGGCCUCAUUCCUUCUUUUCUGGGCAAUUUGUCUUCUCUUCGUCAGCUCAAUCUAUCUUACAACCCCUUCGCCGCCGGUGUUAUACCUUCUUCAUUAUCUAAUCUUACCAACCUUGAACAGCUCUGGCUUGCAGGCUGCGGUCUUGUCGGCGACAUUCCUCCUGGUCUGGGCGUGCUCUCCAAGCUCAAAAAUCUCGAUCUUUCCAGCAACUUCCUCACCGGUGUCAUCCCUGAGUCAUUCUCCAGCCUCGCCUCUGUUGUUCAAAUCGAGCUUUAUAACAACUCUCUCAGUGGUCACCUACCUGCUGGACUCUCUAACCUCACUGCUCUUCGUCGAAUCGACGCCUCCAUGAACCAUCUCUCGGGUUCGAUUCCGGAUGAUGUUUUCUCCAUCCCCAAUCUGGACAACCUCCACCUUUACCAAAACCAGCUGACCGGUUCCAUUCCCACCACCGCCGCCUCGGCGUUGAAGCUCCUCGAGCUUCGGCUUUUUGCGAACAAUCUCUCAGGAAGUCUUCCGGCCGGUCUCGGGGCGCGCUCCCCGCUCGUGGCUGUCGACUUAUCCGAAAACCAGCUCUCCGGCGAGAUUCCGAGAGGAAUCUGUGACGGCGGUCUGCUGCGGGAGCUUCUUCUAAUAGAAAACGACUUCACUGGAACCCUCCCAUCGGGCCUUGGCCGUUGCUCCAAUCUCAACCGUGUGCGGCUCAGUAACAACCGGAUUUCCGGCGAUGUGCCACCCGGGAUGUGGGGACUGCCCCAUGUGUGGAUUCUUGAGCUUAGCAACAAUUCUUUCACAGGCGGAAUCACUCCUGAUAUCGCCGGCGCCGCCAAUCUUUCCAAGUUGCUCAUCGAGAAGAACCAGUUCACUGGAAACAUUCCGGCGGAGAUUGGUUUACUCUACAAGCUCUAUGAUUUCUCAGCCGGCAACAACCGGCUCACUGGCCCCUUGCCUGAAUCUCUCGGAAAGUUGACUGAGAUGGGGCAGCUCGACCUCCACAACAACUUGCUCUCCGGCGAGUUGAUAACCGAGAUCCAAUCUUGGAGCAAGCUCACUCUUUUGAACCUUGCGAACAACGAGUUCACUGGUGUGAUUCCGCAGGAGCUCGGAAACCUGCCGGUGCUGAACUACCUCGACUUCUCCGGCAACAACCUCACCGGAGAAAUCCCAUUUCAAUUACAGAACUUGAAACUGAACCAAUUCAAUCUAUCUGAUAACCAGCUCUCUGGUUCCAUCCCUCCCAUGUUCCACAACGACGCAUACAAGACUAGUUUUUUAGGCAACCCGGGCUUAUGCUGGGAUCUGUCCGGGCUCUGCCCAAGCUCUACCAACAACAGCCGGAGCCGAACCAAGUACUUGUGGCUUCUUCGUUCCAUCUUUAUCCUCAUGGCCGUAGUAUUAAUCGUCGGAAUUUCUCUCUUUUACUGUAAAUACAAACAGAUCAAGAAGGCAAACAAGGGGCAGGAGAAGUCCAACAAGUGGAUUCUCACUUCAUUCCACAAGUUAGGAUUCAGUGAGUAUGAGAUACUAGAUUCCUUAGAUGAAGAUAAUGUGAUCGGAAGCGGUGCCUCCGGUAAAGUCUAUAAGGUAGUGCUUGGCAACGGCGAGGCUGUGGCAGUGAAGAAAUUAUGGAGGAAUUCAAAGAUGAAUGGUGAAAGCCAUGACCAAGCUGCAGACGAUGCUUUUGAAGCAGAGGUAACGACUUUGGGGAAGAUAAGGCAUAAAAAUAUUGUUAAGCUUUGGUGCUGCUGCGCUCAUAAGGAUUGCAAGCUACUUGUCUAUGAGUACAUGAUCAAUGGGAGCUUGGGCGACUUGCUGCAUAGUAGCAAAGCAAGUGUUUUGGAUUGGCCGACAAGGUAUAAGAUUGCUGUGGACGCGGCGGAAGGGCUCUGUUACCUUCACCAUGACUGUGUUCCUGCGAUUGUUCAUAGAGAUGUGAAAUCUAACAAUAUUCUUUUGGAUGCUGGUCUUGGAGCUAAAGUUGCAGACUUUGGGGUUGCAAAGGUGGUGGAAGGCGUUGAGAAAGGGCCCAGAUCUAUGUCUGUUAUUGCUGGUUCGUGUGGAUACAUUGCUCCAGAGUAUGCUUACACUCUACGAGUAAAUGAAAAGAGCGACAUUUACAGCUUUGGAGUUGUCAUCCUUGAAUUAGUUACAGGAAAGCUUCCCGUAGAUCCUGAAUUUGGAGAAAAAGAUUUGGUGAAGUGGGUUUGCAGUACAAUACAGCAGAAAGGAGAAGAUCAUGUGAUAGAUACCAAGCUUGAUCUGUGCUAUAAGGUGGAGAUAACCAAAGUCCUGCACAUUGGCCUCCUCUGCACCAGUUCUCUUCCUAUCAACCGUCCCACCAUGAGAAGGGUAGUCAAAAUGCUUUAUGAAGUGAGCUAUGAGCAGAAACCCAAGCCAUUGCCAAAGGAUGGGAAGCUUUCUCCUUACUACUAUGAAGAUGAUCAGAGCAUUACCUCUGCAUCUGUGGGAGAUGAUGAGACAAAGAAUUUAGACAAGUGCUGUUCUAUCCAUAUAGAUCCAAAUUUAAUAGGGUGACUUGUUUAAAGUACUUAUUGGCAGUAAGUUCUGAAUUAGCAAAUUAGUGCCUGACCCUUCCUAUUCUGUGACUGAUUCCUCUUCUUCUGCACGUUUGACAUUUUUUGAAGUGUGCUGAAGAUUGAGUAACCAAAUGUAGAAUAUGAAGAGUCAAAGUAUUAGGCUUCGUUUGGGACAGCUUUUUUAUGCUUCCUAAAGCAGUUUUCUAGUAAAAAAUUAAAUUAUUUUUACUAAAAACUACUUUAAGAAGCAGUAAAAAGCCGUCUCAAAUGAAGCUUUAAUUUGUUUAAUUCUGUAGAUGUUUCAUCAGUGUAUAAAUACUUCAUUCGAUAUUAAUUUAAAUGUCAGACUACUUGAGGAGUAUAAUGUAACUCAAGAACUGGAAGGAAGUGAUUUUGUUCUUCCUUGGACAAAAGGCUGGAAUGGACAUGGCAGCUUUCAGGAUUGCCUUCUUCUCAUUUGUCCUUUAUCAGUAGAAUCAAAGAAGGUUUCUGAAUGUUUGUUUUGUUUUGUUUUGUUUUGAGGGUCUCCUCUACGAGAGGAGUUAGAGAGAUUUUAUGACUUUCUCAUGGUGGUCCUAUAUAAUUUAUUGUUGGCUUCU